AUGGAACAGGGCCAGAACUACCAGCAUCACCGGCCGGAGCCGUCGUCGGCCUCCCCCUUGCAGCCUACGGACUCUACACCACAGGACGUUCUCGCCGAGGCGCGCAAGAACUUGCAAGUCUUGAUCGAUUCCGGUCUGUCCAAGGACCUUCUUCACCAGUGGGUCGAUGACAGCCAGUCACUACAGCUUUCGUUUUCGUCACCAACUCCAUCACCCGCUUCGUCGCAGCUGCAGUCGCAACAGCUCGUCGCCGAGCGUCCGCCGUCGCCGCCUCCAUGCCCCUCGCCGCCGCCUCACCUGGCUUCCGGCACCAGUGCGGCAGGAAGAACGCCCACGCUCGCCGUCACCGGUCCCCCCGCCCGGUCGCCGUCGUCGCCGUCGGGGAAUGUCAAGCUCGAGCCGCUGCCGGACGACGUGUCCGAACGAUGGUCCUCCGCUCACCUUGCGGUGAAUGCGCCUUCCGAGAGCCGGGCCUCGAGCACUGUCGGCGAUGCUGACGGUUCCAUCUUCGCCCCUCCCUCUGCGCCCUUCUCCCACUCCCAUCAUCCCAGGAUAUCCGUCUCCUCCGUCAGCUCCGGCUCGUCUGGCCACGCCUCGAUAUGGUCCACCAACUCUGCUCAGUCCUCUUUCUCGUGGAACUCGGGCACGACGGGCGGACGAUCCAUGGCACCCUUGCCGAUCCCCCCGACAACCUCCGGCCUGCCCGUGCUCAACGGCACGCAUGGGCCCGCCACGGCCGUCGGCCCGAGCAGGCAGAACAUAUACUGGUGCACCUCGUGCGAAACCAGCUUCAAGCGAAAGUACGACUGGAAACGGCACGAGGAUGAGUUUCACGAGCGAUGGAGGAAGUAUCCCUGCCCGGAACCGGGCUGCAACCGCAGCUUCUGGGGCUCCAAUUCUUUCAACCAGCACCACAAGCAGUGCCACGGCUGCACAACCUGCCCGCACGCCGAAAAGGUGGUCAAGUUCCUGCGGAAGCGCAAGUAUUGGGCUUGCGGCUUCUGCUCCGCCUUGCACCCUGCCCGCGAACGACACGUCGAGCAUGUCGCCCGCCAUUUCGAGUCGGGCCUCACCAAGGGGGACUGGAUGCACUCUAGGGUCGUCUACGGCCUGCUCCACCAGCCGCUCAUCCACGAGGCGUGGGACGCUCUCGUCGGCGGCAAGCAAGGCGAAUACUCGGGCCGACGACCGCAGUUCAGCUGGCAUCCCAGCAAGACGGGUCGCGCCCAAGGCUUCCUCGAGAAGGAGAACAACGGCCAGCUCCAGGACCUGCUAGAGUUCUUCUCCGGGAACGAGGAGGAGGCGCGCUGGAUCGCCGGCUCGGCCUACGAUCUGGCGGAUGUCGUCCUUACCCUCCAGGCCUCGGCAUCGCCCCAGUUCUCCGCCGUGGCCGCGAUGCCCUCGCAGCAGUUCUCGCCGCAGGACGCGCCCCCCCAAUUUCAGCUGCCGGCACUUCCUUCGCAGCAACCGAUGCUCUCGUCGCCGCGGCUCAGCGGCCAGGGCCCCUUUGCGCCACCCUUUCGAGGCACCAUGUUCGUCCCCUCGCAACAGUUCGCCGCCGUCGCGAGACCCUCGCCAGACUCGGCCGCGCAUUCGCCUCUGACGGCCUCGCAAUCCCCAUUGGCGGCAACGCACUCGCCCAUGGAGCACCAGAAGCCACCACAACUGGCGUCUUCCUCGGCCGCCUCGUCGGACUCCAUGAUGGACUUUGAGUACUCUCCCACGCCCGUCGUCUUCGAGGAUUGGGAGAGUCUCGCCGGUGCCGUCAUCCACAGCGAUCCAAGCACGCAGCCGUCGCAGGGAACCGAGGUGGACUGGAAUAUUCUGCAGUACUUUGGCGACCCCGGCGUCCUAUCAUGA